AAUCAAUCCACAACAAAAGUUGACAAAGUACAUAGUGUCCGAAUCCUGAGAUAAGGGUACAAUGAUCGGGGCCUAAUCUCGGCAACUCGAAACACAAAAGAAGUAAUUUUUUCCGUUUGUCGGUCGAAGAACCACUCAUGGGCUGCCUCUAUCACCGAUCUGGCCACCGUUAUUUGGUCUUUCACCAUCAUCACCAGCCGCGAUUGGCCCCAUCCACAGUAGAACGAUGGGGUUCAGGAAAGUCACCCGAACCCGCUCCCACUACGGCGGGCCAUUAGGUCCAUAGGUCUAAUUUCACCCUGUUACAAGCGUAACCCACUCAAACGUCGUGUGUCCGUGCAUUGGUCCGAAGCAGAGUUUGAAAUUUCAACUCGAUUCAACUCAAGAAUCUCUCUGUCGCUGACACCGAGCUCCAGAGCCAUGAGUCCACUCCUCAGGGUGCGCAGGGCUGUUUCGUCCCUUCAUCGCUUCUCCAGAACCGUCUCGCGUGUUUCAGCUUCAGAGCACAAAUUCGCAGAACCUACACUGGAGACAAAUCCAUGCUCCAUUCACCCAGCUGCGGUCGUCCACCCAAACGCCGUUAUUGGUCAGGGUGUUUCGAUCGGUCCUUUUUGCACCGUUGGGGCUUCUGUUAAGCUUGGCAAUCGGUGUCGGUUGUACCCAGGAAGCCAUGUUUUCGGAGACACAGUCUUGGGCGAGCAUUGUGCGCUCUUAACUGGUGCCGUGGUUGGCGAUGAUCUUCCGGGGCAAACAGUGAUUGGGUGCAAUAACACAAUUGGUUAUCAUGCUGUGGUUGGUGUGAAAUGCCAAGACUUGAAGUAUGAGACAGGGGAUGAAUGUUUCCUUCAAAUCGGGGACAACAAUGAGAUCAGAGAAUAUGCCUCCAUCCACCGAUCUUCAAAGUCAAGUGAUAGAACUGUAAUUGGUGAUAACAAUCUCAUCAUGGGGUCUUGUCACAUUGCACAUGAUUGCAAAAUUGGGAACAAUAACAUCUUUGCAAAUAACACUCUUCUGGCGGGCCAUGUAAUAAUAGAAGACUAUGUUCAUACUGCAGGCGCCAUAGUAAUUCAUCAGUUCUGUCAUGUCGGCUCGUUUGCUUUCAUCGGUGGUGGUUCUGCGAUUUCACAAGAUGUACCCAAAUACAUGAUGGUGACUGGAGAAAGAGCUGAACUUCGAGGUUUAAAUCUCGAGGGUCUUCGGCGACAUGGAUUCACGACCAGAGAGAUGAGGAGCCUAAGGACAGCUUACCAGAGGAUAUUCAUGCCAUCAGAUGCCAGUUCUGGGGGUUUCGAGGAACGUCUCGCUGAAGUGGAACGACAUGAAGUAUUGGCACAAGUUUCUUCUGUAAGGUCUAUGGUGCAGUCCAUUCGUGAUUGUUUUGCUGAAAAUCGCCGUGGAAUAUGCAAGUUCAGGCACUGGAAUGGCUGAUUAGCUAUGCUACAGUAAUUUCUAUGGCUUCAUAGAGAUUAUUCAUGAACCAUUGUUGUGCACCAGUCACCAUGAAGGGCAAGAGAGCCCUCGAUCUUGGCUUGAACUGAAUCCACAGAAUUGGGUGAAUCAUGUAAUAGGACUCGAGAUCAGUCCGCGAAGCAGGAGAUGGAGUUCCUGCCAAAGAGGAAUUAGCUGGAAUUAUCACGGGCAAAUGGACGUGGACUUGUACGACAACUUCAUUUUCUGUACUCGUAGUCUCUUAAAAAUUGUCGCCUAUCAUUACGCAGUUUACUCUCUCCUCUAACUCUCUGUUCUUUUUAACAUUUGAGGCGCGAGCUGGGGUUUCCAGGAAUGAUGCUAGAACCUGUCCUGUACUUGACCUGCUAAGAUAACAUCUAUUCUCAUGAUACGACACCAGUUAAUAUUUUACUGCAGCAUCCAGAUGCUUUGCUG